AUGGCUAGACAAGACACCCCCCCCUUCCUCCAUGGUUUUGACCUUGGUGGUCACUUUUUUGACCUUCGACCUCUCGGCACAGGUGUUACAGGCCUGGUCCUCUCAGCUGUAGACGAGCGUAGUAGACAGCGUGUGGCCAUCAAAAAGCUGGUGAUGCGUGAUGCCUUGACAGUGAAGCACGCUUUGCGGGAGGUCAAAAUCACCCGGCGGCUGCACCAUGAAAAUGUAGUGAGCGUUAAUGAGGUUUUGGCGCCAUAUGGACUACCACUGCCCAGAGACCCGACCCAGCUGAGUGCGCUGUACAUCGUCCAGGAGUGCAUGGAGACGGAUCUGGCUCGGCUGCUGGAACAAGGACCCCUUCCCACAGGUCAUGCUACUCUGCUGUUCUACCAGCUCCUGAGGGGACUGAAGUUCAUCCACUCAGCUAACGUCUUGCACAGAGAUCUGAAGCCUGCCAACAUAUUCAUCAACACGGACCAACUGCUGCUCAAGAUUGGAGACUUCGGGCUGGCCAGGAUAGUUGACCCUCAUUAUUCUCAUAAGGGCUAUCUGUCCAAGGCUCUGGUAACUAAGUGGUAUUGUUCCCCACGUCUGCUCCUGUCCCCCAACAACUAUACCAAGGCCAUCGACAUGUGGGCCGCUGGCUGCAUACUGGCUGAGAUGCUCACUGGACGCAUGCUGUUUGCAGGAGCUCAUGAGCUGGAGCAGAUGCAGCUGAUUCUCAACACAGUGCCGGUACUGAGAGAGGAGGACAGGCAGGACCUGCUACAGGUGAUGCCUUCAUACGUCAGUCAUGGAUGGAGAGUCAGGAAACCCUUUUCUGCCUUGCUGCCUGAAGUGGAUGCUCAGGCUGUUGACUUCCUUGAGCGUAUUUUGACCUUUAACCCCAUGGAUCGGCUGACAGCUGAAGCAGCGCUGUCCCAUCCCUUCUUCCAGCAGUACUCCUGUCCAGAGGAUGAGCCCACCUCAUCACAUCCCUUCCGCAUUGAGGACGAACUGGAGGACAGCCUCGUCACGGAGCAGAGCCUCAGCAACAGCAACAGCAACAGUCAGGCCUGCAGCAUCCACUGGGAGAGGUACGAGAACAGUUUAUCAACAGAUGUGUCCUGGCAGCAGUCAGACACAAGGUGUCACUGCAUGCCCCCUGGCCACAUCACCUCCUACCUGGAAGACACUGCAGAGGAUGAGGAGGUGCAGAGAGACCCCCGGGCCAGUUCCACACUGUUAGAGGAGGCUCAGGUCGACCCACGCAAAUAUUCCCACAGCAGCUCAGCUGAACGCUUCCUGGAAAACUCUCACUCCUCUCUGGAUCGGGCCUGUGGUUUGGGGUAUGGGGAACUGGACUGUGGCCACUCCUGUGACUACAAAGUGGGCUCUCCUUCAUACCUGGAUAAAAUUGCCUGGAGGGAGGGCAAGCCUCAACACUACUCGGAGCCUAAGCUGAUCCUGGAUCUUUCUCAUUGGAAGCGUAACACUAAUAGCUUUGCUGUGCCUGCUGAGCCUAUUGGUGACAGCGUAGAGGACAUUGGAGAGAUGAAAGAGGAGGCAGCAAAAGAGGAGGAAGAGGAGGAGACGGGGGAUUUAUUCCAGGAGAUCUCUCGCUGGGUGGAGAGUACCCGGUCUCGCCUGCUCUCGCCCAGUCCCAGUCCUUCUUUGGAGCCACGUUCACCCUCCUGCUACACCUCCUCUCCCCCUCUGCCUCUCUCCCCGACUGACCUUCCAGCUCCAGUCUUCCACUACACUGAAGUUGUGCAACAAACAUCAGCUGAAUAUGAUGAAGACAGACUGAGCCCACUUCAACCUGUCACGUCUUCCUUUAACUCCCUUCCAUCACUUCUUCCCUCAUCUCCCACAUCUGCAUUCCCCCCUCAGUCACCUCAAACAGUGUCUCCCCCUACCUCGCCACUUUUUCCUUCCCCAGAAUCUCAACCCCUUUCCUCUACUUCCUCCAUUUCCCAGCCAGUAAAUGAUGACUCCUUGGAGUCACUUCCUGUCAAGCAGAAAGACCGGCUGUUCGACCUGGACGUGUUCAUAUCCCGAGCACUGAAACUGUGCAGGCAGAAUAAGGAGAAAGCAGACGGGAAGAAAGGGAAAGAGGGGGGAUGGAGGGAGGAAAGCAAACAGCCAAACAUUAAUCUAAAGGUUCCCAGGCUUCCAGAGCACAGGCCUCCACCACCGCAGACUCCCAACUCUUGAUGUUGAAUUUCAGCUUCAGGUCCACCACAGUAUAGCAUCAUAUGGGUAGCACUUCCAAAUUCUCAUAGUGCUUUACAGAAUGAGGGGUGUCCAUGGUUGAAUAUGCUGCUUAAACAUUAGACCUUAGUGUUAGCAGUCUUUUUGUUACUAUUGCUAUGACACACUACACGCUGUGACUAAAAACCUCACUUAAACAAGCAAUCCUGCUGCUUUGUCAAGUGGUGCUCUCAGGCAAUAAGAGGUCAAAAAGCAUUUGGGUUCAAAAUGAAUAGCUUAGCAUUGCAAAUAUCAAGGGUUUGUUCUGGGAAUAUUUAGAAAUAAUCAGCUAAUUAAUGAUUGUGUUAUUUGUGGUUUGCUGUCAUUUGUCAUCUUAAAGAUGACUCCAACAAGAGUUACCCAGGCUAUUGUGUACUGGAUAACAGUAACCCACUGGAGAGGGAUCACUUGGUUUGUUUUAAGUUUGCUUUAGAUUUGUGUUUCUAUACAAGAUCCCUCGCUGUGUCAGGCAGUGGUUUAUGUUUUCAAAAUCUGUCUUCCAAUGGUGAUAUUCACUGAAUAAUGAUAAUCACACAGGAAAUGCUUUUUUCCAAGCUGAAUGUAUUAACUGAAAAAUAAUCAGUCAAAUUAUACUACGUGGUGAACCAUUUUAUUUGUUGCUAUCUUAACACUCACAGUGACUUAAUGAGCUACGUCACUGCUACAUGCCUUGUAAACUUGUAUAAAACUGUUGUCAUAUUUAGUUCUAUAAUAUAUUUCUAAAGACUGUCGUUAAUAUUCUUUCGUCCAAAGUAGUUUUGCUGAAUGCUAGGGCACAAUUUUUUGUUUGACGUGAGUUGUAUUUAGUAUGUGGAAUGCUCUAUCGUAAUAAUUUAAGCUCUAGUUCAAUCGUAAAUAGUUUCAAAUCAUGUCUGUCUGAUGCACCAAACAAGGUAAUCCUCUGCUGUACACUUACUGAAAUAUCUGUGUAUGUACCAGACAACCAGCUAUCUGUUAUCAUUCUGCUCACUUGUUAGCCACAGAAAGCUAUAAUGUAAAUGAAAAUGUAUAUUCUUUACAACCUUUAUAGGAAAUUCUUUGUACUCAAAACUCCUCAGUGCUACCCAGUCACCAUAGUAAUAGUCACCAUAUUAAUACUUUUCUAUCCAACAAGGAAGACAGUAGACCCUCAGAAUGUAAUGUAUUCUGGCAUUUGAUGUCUCCCCUCCAAGGUAACAAAAUCAGGUAAAAGAGACAGUCAGAUGUAUGUUCUAAACAGAUGAAGGCUGUUGGCUUGUGCCUCGUACUUUCUCAAUCAAUCACAUCUGACAUUCACUUCACUCGUCAAACUAAAAAGCUCAUAGUGAACAUAUUGAAAUGGUAUUUAAACUAUUCUGCUAAAUCCAUGUUAUUCUUUAACCUAGAAGAAAUACGUUUCCACCAUCCCUGGUUUCACUGUUUGGCAUGUAAUGCUCUGCGGUGGGUGUACCACAUGUAAACAGUGUAUGGGCUGGUCCGACUGUUGGGAAUGCCAAAGGAAUAAUACUGAUAUGCAUAAAACACACUGCCAUGUUGUAUCUGUUCAAUGAUAUUUAGUCAAACAUCUGAUACCCAUUCCGACUAAAGUAACUUCCAGUCUGUUAGCAACAAGUCUUUCAUACCCUCUUACAUAUUCAUUUUAAUCCUAUGUCCACACACAGAACACUAGGAAGGUGAUAGUGUGGCUUGAUAGUGUGGCGUUGAUAGUUGAGUUGAGUUGAUAGCCACCUUCCCACAAUGCAGCCACUGUAUCUGUUUCUCUGCUGUUAACAGUUAAUGCUUAUGUGAAGUUGAUCUAAAAAUGUUGAC